CCUCCAUUCGAAUCGGUCGUGUUUUUGUGCAGUGCGCUAGUGAAUAUAAAAAACCCCCAAAACAAUAUUAUCAACCAAAAAAAGCGGCGGACCAAACAAACAAAAAUACAGAGCAUUGCCAAAUAAAUAAUAAAGACAACAGAAACGGACAAACCGUCAAUUGAAAACAAAUAGUACAAUGAAGUUUUAUUUUUGGAUCAGUUGGACUCUCGGCAAGUAAAGAGACUCUGUGUGGCUGAAGUAAACAAAAAGAAAGAAAACAAUUUUCUAAAAAUUUCACAACAAAUUAAAUAUAUAUAUAGAUAUAUAUAUAUACCUAAUCAAUUUUUGGACUUUGAUCAAAUUGCUCACGUAAGAUGGACAAGUUAAUAAUACUUGGCUUAUUCCUAUGGACUCUUCAAUCUUUGGCUCUGCCAAUCAUUGAUCCAGAUGACUCCCUAACAGAAAUGUGCCUGCCUUGUCAAAAGGAUUGGGAUUGGCCCACUUGCGACAAAGUGGUCGUUGAGGUGGAAAGGGGAAAUGGAAUGCCUGGGACGUGUUGUCCUCGAUACGAGUGCCGCGAUGAGGAACCCGUCUGCAAUGGGUCGAAAUUGAGGUUCUACAAGAACAAGUGCACUCUGUGUGAUCCCUGCGAACCGCAUGCCGUGCAAUGCAAGGAAAUCUGUCAAUUGGAAGAGCCCUUAGCGAACUGUUUAACCGAUGACGAGGAGUACAAACAAGAGGGAGAAAUUUGGACUGAGAACAAUGGCUGUACAACCUGCACUUGCCUAGGUGAAAAAACCUCAUGCGAAACAUACCAAUGCAAUCAAGUUGAAUGCAGUAAUCCCAUCUCGAUCGAAGGAGAAUGCUGUUUAAUUUGUCCCGACGAACUGGAUGAGAAUGGCUUAUAUUAUGGUCGUUUACCAUUGGGUGGCACAACCAAGGGUCCUAAAAUUCUGGAGGGAGAAUCUUCCUAUCCAAAAAAUAGCUUCGAUACAACAACUCAAAGUUCGACCAGCAAUCCGGCUAUAAACGAAUCCAGUUUAGUCUAUAACUUCACUAGUCCAACUGAAAGUACCACACUCACUCCGGUAACAAGCGAAUUCUUCAGUACAGAUAUUGUUUCCUCCGAAACACCGGAUCUCAAAAACACAUCAGAUGACGUGGAUAUUUCUAGCUCCGAUUCUACAACAGAGAACACCACAAAUCCCACCACAUCAAGCGAUUUAAAAUCUUACACUGACUCAAGCACUUCGAUUGAGUCGUCCACUUCAACGGAUGAUCAUGUUCCAAAAACCGAUGUUGAAGCUGAGACCACCAAGGGAAAUAUAGAUGAUAAGACCACAGAGAUUUUGUUAAAUGAUUUUGGUAACUUGGGCAUGACCGAUCAUCCCAUUGCCGCUCAGCCAGCAGCUGCAGCUGUGGCACCUGAAUCCACCAGUCAGGUCAAGGUUACCAGCGAUACGGAGGAUCCCCUUUCAGAAUCCACACCCAAAACAUAUGCUGUUGUGCCCCAGGAGCAAAACAAAUCCAAUUUCUUAUGGGCUUUAAUUUUUCCUUUGAUUAUUUGUCUGGGAUUGUCAUUGAGUUAUACUUUCUGGAAGUUUUGCUGUUUAAAUAGCAAACAUGACAAAUUUCAUAUGUCAACAAAAAAAAAUGAUUCUAGAGAAAUCGAAGCAUUAGUUGUGAUUCCUGUGCAGACAAAAUCAUAGUAUCAAUUCCAUAUUGCCAUCGCAGUUUAUAAUAUUAUAUUUAAAAAGUAAAAAAAAAAAAAACUAGUUUCUUGACAUGCCACAGAUGAAAACUAUUUAAAUACGUAAUAUUUUCUCUGUGUGAUUUCCAUCCUCUGGCAGACUGAUUUUUGAUCUUUAAAAACUUUCAUCUAGUUCCGACUAGGGAAAGUUAUACCAAAAUAGUGGAAGAAGUCUGCAUGUUAAUAAUAUUUAGGAAAAUAAACUAACGUCGCCGUCAGUCAGGAAAGAAUUUUAUAUUGUUUUAACAGAAUUUAAGGACAAUCCACAGACAUUGAAAGCAGCCGAGCCUAUCGAUCAAUAAUGACUCUUGCCGGCAAAUUAACUAUACUUCAUGCAUUAAUAUACAUCUUGAUCUUAAGACCUUGCUCAAAUUAAUAUGUGAAACGAUUAGAUUAAGCAGUAAGACAACCUACGUUAAUGUGAUAGAUUUAAAUAGCAAAAGCGAGGAAACACAAAAAUAAUUGUAAUUGGAAAGUAUUAGUAGGAGACUCUUUAGUUUGAUUGUAAAUUAAAAUUACCGUGUGACCAGAAUUGUAGCAUUAGAGUGAUUUAAUAUCAAACACGCACUCAUUCAAUAUUAAAUUAUUAUACGUACUAGAGCCCUGGAAUCAAAGAGUCGAUCAAGCAUAUUAUUUUCGCGACAAUUUUGGACACCUGACGUGCUUCAGUUCAAGAAACAAAAAGCUGUAAGCUGAACUAUUUGCAUUGAAAAUAUCAAACGGCUCUUCGACCAGAGGCUCUAUUAAGUUCCCUGAACGCGCAUCAACUACAUUCAUUCCUUUAAACCCAUUUUAUUGUUAUAUUUAAGACAUUAAAACCAUAAAAAAAAUAAAGCGAAAGAAACCAAAGGAAAAUAACAAUAA